AUGCAUUCAGAGUCCACAUGCCUAUUCAGCAGUGUGCUACGACUCAAUCACUAUGAACAUCCUUUGUCGGACGAGACCAAGCACAGCAUCUGCAUCUUUGCGAUCACAAAGGCUCCAAUUCAGCUCAGCACCAUUCUCCACAAUGACACUGUUCCAGUCACCAUUGAGAAUAUCAGAAGGAUGGGCAUUCUUUAUCUUGAGAGAACAUCCAGGAAAGACUACUUCACAAUGUAUAUGUCCUUCUACAACAUGAAGAAGCUCCUCUUGAACUUGCCCAACAUCGUCAUUCCAGACAAUCUCCUUUUCUUCCCUUCCCUCACGAAGCCGUGGCACUGGCAUGAGUUCGAGUUGCUCUACCCCCAUUUCCAAGACAGCAUGAUCAAGGCGUUCAGUGCGAUUGGAGAAUUACACUUCACCAACAUUCUCCGUGGAUCCUAUGGCGUUGGAUUACUACCAAACGUGUGUGGAUAA